AGGGCCGCUGUUAGGCGUACCAAUGUUCGCACUAUCAUCCCCCCAAACCUCGAUUUGUGUUUGGUCUGCCCACGGCGUCGUCGCCGUCAAAAUCAAAAUCCCCAUUCUAACGUUGAUUUACCUAUCUCCCGCCCUUACUACUCACAAUCCUGCAAAAUCCUUCACGUGCCGUCACUCAUAAAAAUCCCCUUCUCUGGCAAGGCAAACAUCUUUCCCGAGCUUGUUGCGUCAUGCGCAUACCGAGACAUCCCUCUUUGUCUAGUCUUAGCUCGCCUGGAGGAACCUGUUAAAACUCAAGGCAUUACGAGUACAGUACUGUAGGUAUACGAGUAGACUAUGGAUGAGGCAAGCCUUGUCAAUAGCCUCUCUCAGAGGCUCUCAGAGCUCGAGCACAAGGUUCACACCUUUCGCCACGAGGUGGCAGCUGAUUUCCUGCGCUACUACCACGAUCUGCUCCGAGACACACAACCCGACAUCGCUUCCAAUGUUGCCCAGUCCAUAGCCCAGUCAUUACCCAAAUACCCAGACCUCAGCUCAGUCCUCACAAGUCUGGAUCUGGACCUUAAUAAAGCUGCAGCUGACUCACAAACUGUACCACUUGAAUCGACUCAACGCCACUUUUCCCCGCCGGCCACUGUCGCUACCUCCGGAUCGGGAGCCGCAGAGCCUCCAGGCAGCCCCCGCGAUCGACAUCACGAAUUGCUCUUUUACCUUCCCCUGCUAGAGGGCUCUCCUCCAAGACCGACUACCUCUCCUCACCUCACAAAUAACCACACUCCUCCUCUCGACAUGUUGUUGCCUGACCCGAGCAUCCAGGCAGACGAGAAGCAACACUCAGCCAUUGAGACAGGAAGGAAACCCAAUAACGGCACUGACCAACUGCAGAAUGCCUUGCCGGUAGUGCCUCAUUCGCCUGGACGGCCAGGUCAUAUUCGCCGCUCAACCAAUGAUACAGUCUCGUCGUGCCAUUCGGAUCGAAGCGAGUCGAAAACACCACGGAGCGCCCUACGACGGUCUUCAAGUAGUUCCAAACCUCCACAGAGUCCUAGACGUGUGCGUUUUGAUGUCAUGGGAGCAGAGGUCUUGCCUACAGCAUCACCACAACCUACCGAUUCCAUGAUUCCCCCCGCAGCGUCUGCCGCAUCCACCGACCAGCCUCGCGCGGAAUCUAUGCUCGACGAUGACCUGGAGGACCUACCACCGCCCCGAAAGAUUUCAUCUUCAGAAGCACUGAGAGCACUAUCUAGGGCGCCGUUGGAGGAAGGAGUGUGGACCGAGGUUAAUUCAAACCCAGAUCAAAGCUCCGGUGAAGAGGACAAGAAAUAUGCAAGCAUUUCUGAAUCUCCGUCAGAAGAACGGGCCAGUCCGAUUAUUAUUGCACCGGAACCGCCAUCGCCACGCCACGUUCCAGAAUCUGUUCGGAUCGAACGCACGUUGGGGAGCGUAAGUGAGGACCCAGACGAGGACCAGGAUUCAUCCGAUGACGACUUUCUCUCAAUGGCGAAACCUAGAUCUUUUACCAAUAAGAAAGCUCCUGCAUCGCCAUCUUUGAACAGAAUCCCCGAGGAGAGCCAGGCCAGUGGCCAUGAUGCAAGCCCAGCUUCACCUACUAAAGCUCCAAGUUCUGGUACUCACAACGAACUGGGAGCCGUCGACGAAGACUUAGAUGAGGAAGACGAGCUUUUUCACUUUGAGGAAGGCGGCGGCUUAUCUGCGCCGCCAAAGCCCAAAUCGAAACCAAACCCCCUUGCGGUCGAGGAGGAUAUCGAAGUUGACUUGCCGGAUGUACCGGAGACUGAGCAGUCUCUAUACGCAACUUCACCAGCAGUACACAUAACCAAGAGGCCUGGCUCAGGGCCGACGACACCAAUCGCGGCCCGAUUUCAAGCUGGUUCUGUGGGAUCAUACAAAGGACGGCCAGUAGUCAUGCCUGUCGUUCGUGAUCCCGAAGUACAUGCUCAGGCUGCCUCAUUAGGGCACUUCAAUACGUUUGUUGGGGGAUUGGACGGACGCAGCGGCAUGGAUGAAGCAGAUCUAAGCAGCUUCCGCGCCAGCGUCGCCAAUACCGGCUUCUCUGGCACCCCGCGCAGUUUCACGGAACGCCUGAUGAUGGAAGAAGCUCAAAAGGCAAGGGCUGGUGGUCCGAGGCUAAGCUAAGAAUACAUUGUACCACAAGGAGUUUGGGGAUCUUAUGCAUACGUCAAGGUCUUGGGCCUGGAAUUCUGGAUAGCUCGUUGUUGGCGUUGAACAUAUUGCGAUAAGGAGUUUACAUAUUUAUAUAUAUAUAUAUAUACGCACAGGUGGUGGGCUGUGGAUUAAGGAUGAUAUACGAUUAGAAAACGUUAUAUAUACCUCUUCGUUGAGGGAAUGGUUGGCCAAGACAUUCGAGAAAGCAGCAAAAUCUCAUGGGAAUAUCCUAAUAUGAAUCUUUGUUUUCUGUAUAGGUAGGUCUUUGGGUAGUUUUGGU